AUGGCUGCCGGGCGUAACUGGAGUCAAACAGGGGAGGAAAUUGCAGAAGACCCCAGGUGUAAGCAAAGAAACACGGCCUCUGGUGUGGCUGUCUCCAAUGAUGUCAUCCCUGUGUUUAAUGAUUUCAACGUGACCAAGUCCUCAACGCCAGAAGUGAAGAAAUGCAAGGCCUCAGUGAAAAAAAGAACACAAUCCUCGGGGAGGCAAGGAGAUCCUGGGAGGGGAUGCGGCGCAGAUGUGGACGCCCACUACACCACUUUUCACAAGAUGCUGUCGGAUAAGGACCGCCACUAUGUUUUCUACGAUGCAGCCUACGAGACCAAGUACAGGACGGAGGACUUGGUGUUCAUCUUCUGGGCCCCUGAGUGUGCUCCCCUUAAAAGCAAAAUGAUCUAUGCCAGCUCCAAGGAUGCUAUCAAGAAGAAAUCGGCGCUAAUUAAAAAUGAAUUACAAGCAAACAGCUACAAAGAGAUCAAGGACUGCUGCACCCUGGCAGAAAAACUAGGUGGCUGUGCCGCCACGUCCCUGGAGGACAAGCCUUUGUGA